ACCCUCAACCCCCACUCUCACACCCAAACUCUCAUCUCGUCUGAUCCCAUUCGAAAAAAUCAAGAAAAAAUCAUGCCCCUCACUCAGAGUGGAGCCAAUCCAGAGGCUAAUAUCCGUACUUACAACGAUGUCACUGGCAAUCAAGUCAUCAACGCUACAAACAUCACAAACGUUCACACUGGUUCUGGGGACGAUGCCAUCCUAGCGAUGUUGAAACCAGUCGAUCACAAUCGCCACUACGUCCAACCAUGCAUGGAAGGCACCCGAAAGGACAUCUUCAAGGAAAUUCAACGCUGGCUCGACCAACCAGGGGACGCACAGGAAGGAAAGAAUAUCCUUUGGAUCACAGGAAGCCCAGGAGCUGGGAAAUCAGCCAUCGCAUCUAGCUUGAUCUCGAAGCUUAGAGCCGAUCGUCGUCUCGGUGGAUCGUUCACUUUUCGUAGAGGCGAUACGGUAUUGAGCGACCCUGCGGCGCUUUGGCGGACCGUCGCCUUCGAUCUUGCUCGUUUCGAUCCGGAUGUUGCAUCCGCCGUCAUCACCGCUCUCAAGGAGGGAAGCGUGGAUCCCCAAAGACCCGAUAUUGCAGCUCAUUUUGACAUCCUUAUCAAGGAGUCAUUGGAGCGGAUGAAUGAAAAAUUGGUAGCCCAGCAAAAUCCGAGGUAUCCUGUAGUGAUCGUAGAUGCUUUGGACGAGUGUGACGAUCCGUCUCAAAACCCACAACGUAAAACUCUUCUCGAUACCCUUACGCGAUGGUCUAAGCUCCCGAAGAAAGUCAAGUUGAUAAUCACAGCCAGAGACGACCGUCUACCAGAGUCUUUUCGUCAAGCCUGCCAAAAGAUUGUCCUCCCAACAGGAGAUAAAGUGACGCCUGCAGCAUCAGAAGACAUUCAGACGUUCUUUGAAAGCCGUUUCAAGGAGCUGAAGACUGAUCUUCCAUCGUUGGCCCAAGCCGGUUGGCCAGCCCCACGUGACAUUGAACAGCUUACAACUCGUGCUGCAGGCCUUUUCAUAUGGGCCAAAACCGCGAUGAGCUUCAUCGAGGAAGGACAUCCCCAGGAGCUACUAAAAUUCAUACUUUCCGGAGGCUCUGUUGCUGGAGAGGAGGAUGUUUACCACUUAUAUCGUCAAGUUGUUACACAUGCCCUUACCAACCUUCAGAAGAAUAAGGCUAGCCAAGCGGCGUUGCAGCCCUUGCUGCAAACCAUCGUAUUUGCCAAAGUCCCGCUGUCGCGCGAACACUUGCAACAUUUCUUGGUCACCCCUAUUGAGGAGAUAGCCAUCGACUUUGUUUUUCGUGAAUUCAAAUCUGUCAUAUUGAUCGGUGAAGAUGGGCUCGUUCGCAUCAGUCAUUUAUCAUUUGUAGAGUUUCUUAUUGACUCUGAUCUAUGUCCCGAGUUCCUCCGUAUCCCCCGCGCCGCAGCGAGCACACGCAAUCUCGAAUUCUUACGCUCGUGCUUACAAAUUAUGGGCGACUCCACCUACGGUCUGAGAUUCAACAUCUGCGGGCUGGAGUCUUCUUACCUUUUUAAUGACGACGUCAAGGAUCUUCAUGAACGUAUGAAGAAGUACAUUAGUGGCCAUCUUCACUAUGCAUGUCGAUACUGGAGUCCUCAUCUUGUAGAUGCUUCAGGAUGCUUGUCUAGUUGUGACUGGCUCUCAAGUAUGUUGUGGGCAUUCUUCAGAAAGAAUCUACUGCAUUGGUUGGAGGUAAUGAGUGUGCAUGGCGAUACCAAGGUUGCACAGCUCAUGCUUGAUGCCAUCCUUUCCCUAUUGCACAGCAUUGAAACUGAAUUAGGAAUGUUCGCAGAGGACGCGCGAAAAUUUAUUGUUCAUUUUGACGUUCCCAUUUCCGACAGCGUGCCUCAUAUUUACAUUUCUGCUCUGCCACUCGCACCAGAGAGCUCCCUUGUGUCAAAGGCAUAUAUGCCACAUUUCAAGCGCACGUUGGAAUUUAUGGGUAAGGACACGAAUUGGAGCCCCCUUCUGCAUACGCUUAGGGGACAUUCCGGUGGUGUGUAUUGUGUUGCGUUCUCGCCAGAUGGAACGAAGCUUGCUUCAGGUGAUUGGGUUUGGGAUAAUACUGUCAGGAUUUGGGAUGCUGUGACUGGUCAGAUAAAAGCUGGCCCAUUUGAAGGCCACAGUGACUACGUCAAUUGUGUUGCAUUCUCACCAGAUGGAUCGAAGGUUGCUUCGGCUUCACGGGAUAAUACCAUCAGGAUCUGGGACAUGUCGGGCCAGCUGGAGGCUAGUCUGUUCGAAGGAUACAAGGGCGAUGUUAACUCUGUUGCAUUUUCACCUGAUGGAUCUAGGCUUGCUUCAGCAAACGGAAACUGUGCUGUUAGGAUCUGGGAUAUCAAUUCUGGUCAACUGGUGCAGCUUGGUCUGACCGGCAACAUAGAAAUGCAUCAUUCUUCCAGUAUUGCAUUCUCACUUGAUGGGUCCAUGGUGGCUGUGGCUGAGAUAACAUUCCUGAGAUGUUUGACAAUGAUGGUUUGGAAUAUAUCCACUGCGCAGCCUGCGCAAAGCAUGACAAAAUCCCACAAGUAUCAUACUUCGUCCUUCACUGCAUUCUCUCCAGAUCUAUCCAAGUUUGGUUCAAGCUUGGAUGGUAAAACCAUUAGCAUUUGGGAUGUUGCUUCUGGACAACUAGUAACUACUACAUCCCAACUUGAAGGCCACAAUGGUCUUAUUCAAUGUGGUGUUUUCUCACCAGAUGGGUCCAAAAUUGCUUCAGGGUCUUAUGACAUGACUAUCAGGAUCUGGGAUACUGUUUCUGGUCAGCUAGUAGCUGGCCCAUUUCUAGGCCACAGUGCUUCUGUGAAAUGUGUUGCAUUUUCACCUGAUGGAUCCAAGGUUGCAUCAGGUUCAUUGGAUUUGACCAUCAGGAUAUGGGAUUGUGCCUCUGACCAACUGACUAUUAAUUUGUUUAAAGGGCAUAGUUCCACAAUCCUUUGUAUUGCAUUCUCACCAGACGGAUCCAGGAUAGCUUCCGGCUUUAAUGAUAGCUUUAUCAGAGUAUGGGAUGUCUCCUCUGGUGAAAUGGUGGUUGGCCCAUUCCAAGGUCAUACUGAGGCUGUCAAAUCUGUUAUGUUCUCAUCAGAUGGAUCCAGGAUUGUUUCAGGUUCCCAUGACAAAACUGUCAGGAUAUGGGAUGCUGUCACAGGUCAGCCAGUAGCUGGCCCAUUUACAGGCCACAUGGAAGCUGUUCAUUCUGUUGCAUUCUUACUGGAUGGAUCAAAGGUUGCUUCAUAUUCAGAGGGUGCUAUCAUUAGGGUCUGGAAUAUUUCUGGACAACUAGUUGCUGGCCCAUUUCAGUGUCAUACUCCUGGGUCAUACAUUACAUCUGUUGCAUUCUCCCCAGAUGGAUCCAAGGUUGUUUCUGGGUCUUUUGAUCAGGGUGCUACAAUGUGGGAUAUUGCAUCUGCUCAGGUAGUUGGUGGCCCAUAUCAUCGUGCUGAUGAGAUUAGCACGGUUGCAUUCUCAGCGGAUGGAUGCAAACUUGCUGUUGCUUCUGCAACCAUCCACAUCUGGGACAUUGAAUCCUGCCAGGUAGAUGGUGGUCUAUUUCAGGGCCACACUAAAAGCAUUACAUCUGUUGCAUUCUCACCAGAUGGAUCCAAACUUGUUUCAGGCUCUGAAGAUCAGACAGUCAGGAUUUGGGAUGUUCUCUCCGGUCAGGUAGUAGCUGGUCCAUUCUAUGGCCAUAGUGCUGUUGUCACAAUUGUUGCAUUCUCACCUGAUGGGCUCAAGGUUGCGUCCUAUGAUGGUACUGUCAGGAUCUGGGAUAUUGCCUUUGAUCAGCUUGGUCAUCAUGACACUACAAAUUUGACUACACCUCCUGCAUUAUCAUUAACAUCAGAUAAAGUCGAUAUGUCUGCAUUAAACAUGAAGGCAAUUUAUGCAAGUUCUUAUUCCAAGGAUUCCGGGUGGAUUGGCUAUGGUGAUGCACCAAGAGAAAAACUCUUAUACUGGAUACCACCAGCCCACCGUAAUAGAUGGUGCGACUUCCGUACUUCUCGAGUCAUUGGAGUAUCUGAAUUGCGUGUAUCAUACGAUGACUUUAUGCAUGGUACAGAUUGGACAUUAUGCGUCACUGGCACGGGCAAUGAUGCUGAGGAUCACACAACGUCACAGGAUGUUAGCCCUACAUUACUUAUGCGUGGCACUCAGCCUCGACUACUUCAACAACACUGCCCAGGUCUAGCACACCUCAACCAGGAGCGGGGACUGGUACAUCCGUAUCAUCUUUGUGGAGUUGCUUCAGACUUUGCGGGAGCCGAGGGCACAGGGAUGAAGAGUUGCUUGAAGGCUAGAAUAGGGCUUAAGGUUGCUUCACAGUUGAAGCUUGUACCGUAUGAACUUGUUUUAUAUGUCGAGAUAGCUGUUGCAUGUAACUUGAUCAGAAUACAUACACUUUUAUGA